AUGAACAGCCACGUCGCCGACGAUGAAGACGAAGCGCGGGUCUUUAGUGAUUAUUCCUCUGAAAGUGGGUCUUCGGACGCGUCUGGAGUUUUCAAGCCACAGACGCCGGGGAAGGCUCCCAGCACGGCGUCAACGGGUGGAGAUAGAAGUUUGGGCGCCGUGACUCGGUUGCAGCUCUUCGAACAGGCCCCCAGCGAAGACAGCGAAACUGAGUCAGACUCUGAUGAUGACCAAGAUGCGCGGCAGAGUGCCGCUCGUUGGAUGCGUUGGCUCGUCCUUGCUGGAUUCUGCUUCUGCAUCCCUUGGGGAAUAGGAACGUAUCUUGGCUUAUGCACAUAUCGGAGGAACGACCGUGGUUUGAGGCUGCUGGGGAGGCUUUCCGCUAUCCUUUGGAUGGCCGCGUGGGCUGUUUUUAUUGCGUUCUGCAUUGCCGCUGGCAUCCUCGUUAUGAGAGUGACGCACGUUCUCAGUGAAAAAGCGUAUGGGACAGUGGUCUUCAUGGGCCUGAUGCCAGCGAGAACCUGGGCGGACGCCGACCUUCUCCAUCACGCCUACAGGCUCGGGUUUGACGCUGUCUCCAUUUCGCCCCCUGGGAUCGGGGGCACGACCAAUAUUACUUCCCAGAAAGGAGGCUUUUAUACGGAUGAGAAUUUCCUUAGCCAAGUCCUCGAAUCUUGUCUUGACAUUCAACUGAACAGUACCGUGUUCGUGGCCCACAGCAAUAUCAUCACGCGUCAGUUCUUCUUUCCCCUCCUCAUGCGUCGACCCCUGUUCGGCUUUGUCCUCUUCGAUACAUACGCGGGGCACGAGUGGAUAACAGAAGUAAACCCAAUGAUGAACGAUCACGAAUACUACCAACCAAAGACUCGCAACUACCGCGUAAGACAACGGUCGCAAGUGAUCCAACGGGAGAUCCUUGUUCGACCAAACAAAUCGACCGCAGCUCCGCAGCAGGGUUAUUUUUGGCCCGUAUCUGUUCCUCGCGUGCUGCGGGCUAGUCAAUGUAUUGCUGCUCCCACGGAUGAAACCACCCAAAACUGGGACAGUGCCGAGCCAGGCCUACUGGGCCCCUUCCAGUUCUUCAGCGGGAAGUAUAAAGUUGCCGGUUGGGCGACAAAGGAGCAGGAGCUUCUCAGGAGGCCGCUCGACCCCCCUCCAAGCAAAAAAAAGUCCCUGCUCUCGAUGCUGUCUUCUGGAGACUUGAGGGGUACAUCUGAAACAAGUACGGCAGAAGCUGCGCAGCCGGAGGGCGUGGCUCGUGUCCGGGAAAUACCCAUCGAAUACUUCGACGAGCUGAAAACGGUAUUGAGCGAGUUUUUGAAAGAGAUCAAAGACCGUGUGGACAUUGGGGAUUACUACCCUGAACGAUUGCCCGUCGUCUUCCGCGGAGACAGAAGACAAGCCUAUAUUCACGCCCGGGAAGAAACAACGCUCAUUCCGGAAAGUCAGAUCUACUGCCUGUCCCUGGAAGCCUCCGGGGUAGCACCUGAAGAUCUCCCACGCCGACGAGACGUGGCCAGCCACAGGAGUCCGUGGACAGACCUCGGAAAAGCUGACUUUGAAAGCAAGCCAUCGCGCCCAUCCGGAAGUUGGCUGCAUGCUCUCAACCGGCUCGACGCGAAGACAGGCCAAGACUUGCAUCUCCCGCCGCGACUACGAGGGAAGCGCGCACCCCAGCACACCACUACCAGCCUCGCAGGAAGAAAUUGGCAGGGGCUUCCCGCACCUCCUGUCCAUCCUGAGAGAUUCUCUUCUGCCCAGAAGAUACGGUUAAAGGAAUACUAUGCAAGGCUUGAUCGCAAAAGAGAACGCCAGCGUCCCCAGAAGCAGAGCGACGGUUGA